UAUCAGCUGGCGGGCUCGACAGACAAUAUUGAAGAUUUAUGUAUCAGUCGAAUUGCACGUCGGACCAGAGUGCCUUACUGGAGAGUUGUUAUUCGGAAUUUCUGGUGGAUUAUCUCCAGCAUCUUGACGUGUCAAAUUGUGGAGUAAUAGUCUCACAACUAUCCCCGCUGCCGCACUCAAUAGAAGGAAGCGUGAGAAGAUUCUAAAUUCGUCAAAAUGCUUUGCAGUCGAUUGGCGAGGUUCACUUAUCAGACGGCCCUCCGAUCUCAGGUUCGCUACCUGAACCUUUUGGAGUAUCAGAGUAAGGAGCUGCUGCAGGAGAAUGGAGUGUCGAUUCAAGCCUUCAAAGUGCUGGAGAGCAAAAAGGACGCUGAUAAGUUGCAGGGAUUCGACGUUCCAGAAUAUGUAGUCAAAGCGCAAAUUCUUGCUGGCGGUCGCGGGAAGGGACACUUCGACAAUGGAUUCAAAGGCGGAGUUCACAUCACAAAGAAACCAUCUGAAGUCAUUGAUCUAGUGGAUAAGAUGAUUGGUCAUCGUCUGAUUACUAAACAAACGCCCAAGGAGGGAAUUCCUGUGAGAAAAGUAAUGGUAGCUAGGAGUGUUAAUAUUAUUCGUGAAACAUAUCUCUGCAUUCUGAUGGACCGGCAGAGCAACGGACCCGUGCUGAUCGCCUCACCAGCUGGUGGAGUUGAUAUUGAAGCCGUGGCUGAGAAAACCCCAGAACUCAUCAAAACAGUUCCUAUAGAUAUUAGCAAAGGCGUUUCAGGUGAACAAUGUGUGGAUAUUGCAAAGUUUCUCGACUUCAAAGGGGAUCUAGUUGAGAAGGCAGCAAGAGAAAUUGAAAAAUUAUGGCAACUAUUUGUAAAAGUUGAUGCAGUGCAAAUUGAAAUUAAUCCUCUCGCUGAAACAUCAGACGGACAAGUGAUUUCGGUCGAUGCAAAGUUGAAUUUCGAUGAUAAUGCGCAGUUCCGCCAAAAACGCAUAUUCGAGUUAGAAGACGACACAGAGCUGGACCCCCGGGAAGUUGAAGCGGCGAAAAAUAAUCUUAAUUAUGUUGCAAUGGAUGGAAAUAUCGGAUGCUUGGUGAAUGGUGCUGGUUUGGCGAUGGCUACUAUGGAUAUAAUUAAGUUAAACGGCGGAAACCCGGCCAAUUUUCUGGAUGUAGGAGGUGGCGUUAAGGAGGACCAAGUUUUAAAAGCGUUCCAAAUUUUAACGUCUGAUAGUAAUGUGAAAGCGAUCCUGGUGAAUGUUUUCGGAGGUAUUGUGAACUGUUCCACUAUCGCUAAGGGUAUCAUCGGAGCAUCGAAAACAUUACAGCUUAAGGUUCCUUUAGUUGUACGUUUGGCAGGAACUAAUGCCGAAGAGGCACGGAAACUUCUGGCCGAAUCUGGGUUGCCAAUUAAAACUGCUACUGAUUUGGAUGAUGCGGCCAAGAAAGCUGUUGCUUCAUUAAAAUAAUGUUAAAGUUUUGAAGACUAUGUAAGAAGGGUACUGUAGGAUAUACAUUUUUUUACAAAUACAACUGGAUUUACAGCUA